CUCACCGCCUCAAAACAACACUCGCAUCGCAGAGCGAUACGUGUUCACACUCAGCUUCCAACAACUAUCCAACUCCACUAUAAAAUGCUGCUCACCACCUCCCCGCCAUUUCUCCCUCUCUCGGUUAAACCGCUGCUGCAACCCUCCUUUCCCCCACCUGAAGUUUCCUCCUGCUCUCUAACCGUUCGCUACCUGUGUUCUCCGCGGCUGGCGUGUGAGCAAUUGAGCGCGGGAAUCGUCGCUGUUGCUGCUCUGUUGCUUUUGGCGAUGAAGAUUCAGUGCAACGUCUGUGAGGCGGCGAAGGCGAAGGUGCUCUGCUGCGCCGACGAGGCGGUCCUAUGUGGCGACUGCGAUCAGAAGGUGCACGCCGCAAAUAAGCUCUCCAGUAAGCACCAGAGGGUUCAUCUCUCUACGUCUUCGUCGCAGAAGCCUAAGUGCGAUAUUUGCCAGGAAACGGUAGGCUAUUUCUUUUGCCUGGAGGAUCGAGCUCUGCUUUGCAGACGAUGCGAUGUUUCUAUACACACUACAAAUCACUUGGUCGCUGCUCAUCAGAGGUUCUUGCUCACUGAAGUUAAAGUAGGUCUCGAAGCAGCCAAAGUUGAUCCACCAAUGCCAUCCCUUCCUGUUGAGAGAAGCUCGGGAUCGAAUGCUCCUCCCACUCCAAAGAGCGUCAUGAACAUAGCAACAGCUGAACAAUCCAAUAAACCUCUGCCUGUCCAAGCCAGUGUAGGUGGGGAUAUUUCAUUGUCGAAGUUGUCUUUUACAGGAGGUUCUGCGGAUGAAAGUAUUUCGCCGUGGCAGUUGGAUGAAUUCCUUGAGCUUGGCGACUUCAGUCAGAAGUAUGAUCUCAUGGAUCCCGGCUCAUCCAAGAUGUUUGAAGAUAAAUUGGAUAACUUGGUAUGGUUUCAGACGGAUUCCGGGAUUGGAGAUUCAGACUACUCGCCUAUCUUUCGAUUUGCUGAUAUGGAGGUCGAGGGUGAUGAGUGUAUGGGACAGUCACCGAAUAAUUUCUGGACGGUGCCGGAGAUUCCAUCUCCCCCGACAGCAUCCGGGCUUAACUGGCCCAUGAUUCCCCAGACCCCAUGCGACUCUGCUGCCUUUGUGCCGAUAUAAUCUCCUUGCCUACACACCACCGUCGUUCACACGGUGGUGAUAAUUCGAAGCGACGGAGAGUUGAGUUAUGCACAAUAGUUUUCUAGGGCUAUGAAUAUGAUAGACAAUCUUCAUAGAAAUCUAUGGGUUCCAUCCUAAAACCAAUUGGUGAAUUGGUGAUAGGAGGAGUGGCCCAUGAGAUUUAGAGUUAUGCACAAUAGUUUUCUAGGGCUAUGAAUAUGAUAGACAAUCUUGAUAGCAAUCCAUGAGUUCCAUCCUAAAACCAAUUGGUGAUAGGAGGAGUGACCCAUGAGAUUUAUAUACUAGUUUCAGUUUUCUUUUAA